AUGAAGGUCACCAUUAAAGAAUGGAAUGCCGUUGCUACUUGGCAUUGGGAUAUUCCUGAGGAUGAAGUGUGUGGCAUCUGUCGUGUUCAGUUCGACGGCACUUGUCCAACCUGCAAAUUCCCCGGCGACGACUGCGCCCUUGUGCAAGGAAGAUGUAACCACGCGUUUCAUAUGCAUUGCUUAAUGACCUGGAUUGACCUGGAAUCUUCCAAGGGACUAUGUCCAAUGUGCCGACAAAAAUUCGAAUGGAAGGACAAGGAAUAA